GAGGCUUAACUCGGAUCCUCUGGGCUCUGACCCUUAUAAGUCUGGUACGCUGGUGCAGUGGUGUCGUGAGUUUGACAUUUUAGACUUUAGAAGUAACUUUCAUACAAAUUUUAUUUUUUUAAUUGUUGGCUACGUAUUAUGUUAUACGUUCAUACUUUCAUAGCGCACUGAAACCAUUUUUAAUUUCCCAGCUGAUGCAGUGUGUCAAUGUGAGGACGAUUAUUGUACUAUUAUAAUAAAGAUGUUUAUAAUCGUACUUGUGAGAAAGUGGCACCUGAUUAAUGUUAUUGGAUGAUAGUCGUAUUAUUUCGUUAUCGCAAUCGUCUGUUCAGCUAGCAUCCAACGAACACUUGAGUACAAUUCUACAAAACAUAACGAUGAUUAAUAAUAAUUUAAUGUUUUUAGUAAUUACAUUCUACAGUGACUAAUCGAUCGUUAUAAGCCUGUAGAGUUGUGGGCGGUGGAAGAAGAGACGAAAACGAUCGCGAUUGACGUCGUAUUACGCCGCUCGGCAAGGCGACGGUCAGUCCCGUCGACCGUCGCUCAGUUUAGCCGUGUCGCUCGCGCGUUUCGGUCACUGGUCAGUCUGGUUUCUGGCUUUCUGCUCAGGUGAAGCGGAUAGACAUUCACGAACAGCGGUCGACAGUCGACAGUGGUUGACAGAUAGUAGUCGAUCGAUUCAUCAGAACACGAUGUUGAUAUGGUGUAACGGCCAUGUCUUGGUCGUCUUGAUCGUAGCAGCACUCGGUGCUGCGCCGGUAUGCACAGAACUUAUUGGCCUGUACGAAGACACUGAUAUGGUUGAAAUAUUGGACAGGACUAAUUUUAAUGACAAAGUAUUGCAAGGAAAUACAUCAUACGUGAUUGAGUUUUACAAUGCCUUCUGUGGACAUUGUAUACGGUUCUCAACCCCUUGGAAAGAAUUUGGAAUUCAAGUCUACGGGUGGAAAAAUUAUGUGAAAGUUGGUGUAAUUGACUGUUCAAACGAAAUAAACAGUCAAGUAUGCCGAGAUUAUGAAGUCAUGGCCUAUCCCACCGUACGCUACUUUCCUCCCCGGCCAGCAUUAAGUAAUAUUGGAAAAGAUUUUAUUAGAUCUUUUAAUGUACAAAUUAUGAAGGAUUCUCUCAUUAAGAUGCUUCAAGAAACUCAAAUUAGCACGAAUGUAUCAACUUUGUGUGAUAUACAACCCUUUGAAAAUGUCAAUGUAGAAUUGGAUUCAAAUAAUAUUUUGACAUUUAUUAUAAUUAGUACACCAAGUAAUACGCUUGCUCAAGAACUUAUUAUUGAUUUCUGUCCUGUCAAAAAAGUUAAAAUAAUAAGCGUACUAAACUCUAACACAGAACUGGCCAAAUUGUUAAAACCAGAAACAUAUCCAAGUCUCUAUCUUGUUAAAGUUAAUAACCAGUUCACACUUUUAGCAAGUGGAAAUAACAAAACAAAUUUUACCAAUACUGUUAAUAUAUAUUUGGAAACGGUGCACAUGACACCAUUCAGUGUAAUUGAUAUUACUACUACGCUUUAUAAUUUAUUAUUCCAUAAAGACAAAGGUUCGAUUCAUAAGGACAACACAGUUUAUUUGUCAGAUUUAGAAGCUACUCUAAGGUAUUCUCUGGAGCACGAGAUUCUAUCACGAAGUGUUAUUUCUGGUGAGUCAUUAAAUGCAUUAAAUAGUUAUUUAGAACUUCUUAUUGAAUGUUUCCCUUCUAGCAUUAGAGGUAAACAAUUCAUUAAGUUAAUAUGGGAAAAUACACGAUUCAACAAAACAGUGUCAGGAGAGAAGCUUGGAAAUCUUAUUAACAACUAUGAAUUUUUGUUAAAACCUUAUGUUACUAAACAUAGUUGGAUAGGAUGUGAAGGUAGCCUCCCAAUGUAUAGGAAAUAUCCAUGUGGUUUAUGGACUAUGUUUCACACACUUGCAGCUCAAGCAUCUACAAAGAACUUGACAAAUUUUAAUGGAAAACAAGUUUUGGAAACUAUUGCUGGUUAUGUCAAACAUUUCUUUGGUUGUACAGAUUGUUCUGAACAUUUCAUGAAUAUGGCCACCACAAUUGAAACUAAUGUUUCAUCAUUAGAUGAUGCAGUGCUGUGGCUUUGGUCAGCUCAUAAUCAAGUGAACCAAAGACUUAUGGGUGAUGUUACUGAAGAUCCAUUGCAUCCUAAAGUAUUAUUUCCAUUGAAAGUGCAUUGUGAAGCAUGUCACCAAAGUGGAACUAAUGAGUGGAAUAAAAUUGAAGUGCUAAAAUAUUUGAAAAAUAUGUAUUCAGCUAUUAGUCUUCAAAAGACACCAUUUGAUAAUAUUCGUUCUCAACAUGAUAAUUUGAUAGUCUCAGUUAAACGAUCCAUUAUUGAUGAUAGUAAUUAUAAUAAUAAUGUGUUUGAUGAAGAAGAGUGGAAGAUUGAUGUUAGUACUUGUAUGAUAUCAUAUAUUUUAUCAUGUAGUGUGUUAAUGAUAUUAUUUUAUUUACUGUUGGUGAAGAAACGAUGUAAAAAAAAUAAAUGUAUUUAUUUUAUACUGGGUAAAUAG